AUGUGGAUUAGCCCGGAAAAGUAUUGUCCAAAGUAAGAUUUGUACAUGCCAUCUCAUAGUAAAGUAAAGAAAUAUGAUUGUAUUGUUAUUGUUUAUUAUAUCCGAAAAUAUUAAAGAUAGGCCAAAAGGCAAAUACUAGAUAAUAUAUAUUGAAGCAUAUAUGUAUAUAUACGCCUAGUCAAUUUAAGAUGACCGUUAUGUUUAACUUAAAAAUAGUUUUAAAAUCUUUUAUUUUUUUAAGUUCGGAACGCGAUUUGUAGGCUUAAAAUUAGAUUUAAAGCAUAAUUUAUAGGCUUAACGUUAAGUUUAAAAAAGAUGAUUUUUUAGGCUUAAAAUUAAGUUUAAAGCACGUUUUUAGUCUUGGCAUUAGGUUGCAAAAGAUCAGUUUUAGACUUAACAUUAGGUUGAAAAGAUGAGUUUUAGGCUUAGCAAUAGCUUAAAAUGAUGAUUCUUAGGCUUAAAGUUAGGUUUUAAAAAAAUUUUUUUUAGGCUUAUCAUUAUCUUAAAAAGAUCAUUUUUAGGCUUAACAUUGGGUUAAGAACAUGAUAUCUAGGUUUAAAACGUGACUUUUAGGCUUAAAAUUAAGCUAAAAACAUGAUUUUUAAAUUCUAAACAUGAUUUUGAGGCCUAAAGUUUGUUUGAAAAAACAUAAUUUUUAUUUUUUUUUUUUUUUUUAGGCUUAAAACGUGACAUUUAAGCCUACGUUUUGUUUUCGAUAAUAACAAAUUUACAAUGCAUUUUUAAAUAAAAUUUUAAUGUUUCAAAAACAAUUUCGAGCUGUUUUUUUGCACUUAUCAGUGAAAGAUUAGUUAAGGGGCGUGUACUUGAAACAUAAAAACUGUAAAUUACUGUUAUCAUAGCGUUUUUUAGCACAAUCGAAACGACUAUAAAUAUAUAAAAUUAAGCAGAUUGACCUUGUCGUGUCACAAAAUGUCAUUUUACAGCUUUUGUCAUCUUUUUCAUACCUGGCUCUAGCAUACCCCUAUCAUACUAUACUCUAAGCUACCCUACCGUGCCAUAUCUUACCUUACCGUACUAUAUCCUACCCUACCCUACCCUACCCCACCCUACCCUACCCUACCCUACCCUACCCUACCCUACCCUACCCUACCUAGACAUGAGGAACGGGCCGGGCCUAAACCAAAUUUAGAGCGGGCCGGGCCUGAGCAAAAAUUUGAUCGGUCCGAGCCUAACAUUCCGGCCCGGCCCGUUCCUCAUGUCUAACAAUACCCUACCUCACCCUACCCUAACCUACUCAAUCCUGGCUUACUUCACCACCCCCUUCCUUAUCGUUCCUUAUCCUAGACUUUCUGUAGUCCUUCUAGAACCCUACUACCGUAACACCAAUUUUGCGUUACAGUAAUCCUACCAUUAUAAUCAAUCCCCGGGCCUUACUUAAACAUUACCCUAAUACCUAUAGACUAAAGCAAUUUUAAAAUUCACUUUCAGCACCACCAUGACCGACGACCAGCCCCUAAAAGGACAAGUAGCGUUGGUAACCGGCGCUUCUCGUGGCUGUGGCCGAGGAAUCGCCAAGGAAUUGGGCCGGGCCGGCUGUAUCGUCUACCUCACCGCCUUGAGGAUGGAAGACGAAGAUCCUAUGAUUCAAGCCGUACGAGAAAAGUUGCCUACAUUGGAAAGCGUGGCCAAGGAGGUAAAUUUAUAUUUUUUUCAAUAAAUUUAAAAUUUUUACUAUAUAUAGCUUAAAAUGGCAAAAAUUUUAAAAAUCGCCCCAAGGGCAAAUUUCAAAAAAAUUUUAAUUUGAUAAACAAAUCAUUUUGAAAAAAGAUUUUAGGUAGAACAAUUAGGAGGAAAGGCCAACCCAAUAUACUGUAAUCAUGACAGUUCCGAAGAAACGGCCGACGUUUUUGACCGAAUUAAGCGCGAACAAAACGGCCAACUAGACAUCUUAAUCAACAAUGCCUUUGGUGGUGUACCAGUAAGUACCAUUUUUUAUAUUUUUUUUAAAACGUCUUCAAAAAACGACAUUUUUUGUCAUUUUAAACGAAAAUAUUUGAAAUUUUUCGCUAAAAAUUUAAAUUUAAAAAAUUUAAUACCUAAAAUAUUUUUUUCAGUACAUGCUAAAAUACAUGCACACCAAGUUCUUCGACCUGCCUGAAAGCAUCUAUGACACAUUGAACAAUGCCGGCCUAAAAGGCCACUAUUGGUGUGCCAGACACGCGGCCAAACUAAUGGUACCACGAGGAAAAGGUUUCAUAGUCAAUAUCAGCUCAUUCGGCGGCAUCACCUACACUUUUAAUGUCGCUUAUGGCGUUGGAAAGGCUGGGGUAGGCUUAGAAUUUCAUUUAACUUUUUAAUUUAAAAACUUUUUUUUGGUGCAAUAUUAGUUUAGAGCCUAGGAGAACGAUGCACCGUAUUUUACCAAAAAAAAAGUGCCAAACCCCCUUAAAAAGUAAAAAAAAGCCAAAGAACAACAACUAUUUAGAAAAUAAUACCUUAUUAUUAACUGCCAAUGCUUUUUAAAAUCAUUUUACAAAAUUAAAACAGUUAAAAAUGCCAAAAAACAACUUUGACCCCGACGUGAUUCGAACACGCAACCUUCUGAUCUGGAGUCAGACGCGCUACCGUUGCGCCACGGAGUCACACGGCCUUUUCUCUCUUCUUUCGGGUUUUGAAAAGCGAGCCGGUCGUGCUUUUGGGAAACAAACGGAAAAUAAAAAGGAAAAAAGGAUUUUUAUCACUAAUUGGGGUGAAAUGUAUUGUUAUACUAAGUUUUGUUAUGAUAAGGUAAAGUUUAACAUAUACAGAAAAAAAAUGAUAAAAGGCGGGGUAAGACAGAAAAAUAAGGCAGGGUGGAGGAGAUAACGUUAAAUUUUUAAAAACUUUUACAUCGUGAAAAAAUUUUUUCAAAAAAAAAUUUUUCAGCUAGACCGCAUGGCAGCUGACAUAGCUUGGGAACUCAAAGAAUUCAACAUCCCUUGUAUUUCAUUUUACCCCGCCCCGAAUCGUACCGAACUUUUCUCGAAAGAAGUUGGACUGGUGAAGCGUCAAUCCGUAAUUGAAGCCUAUUCCAAAGCAGAAUCGCCAGAAUUCAGUGGAAAAUGUAUUGUAAAGCUGGCUACUGACCCGAAUCUGAUGAAGAAGACCGGUAUGAUACUGAACUCGAUUGAAUGCGGAAUCGAGUAUAAUAUCAAGGAUAUUGAUGGAUGUAGGUUUAUUUUAAGAUACUGUAACUUUCUUUGGUACUGUAGUGUUACACAACACUACUUUGCACUAUGACGUACUAUAUUGCACUAUGAAGUGAUAUACUGUACUAUAAAGUACUAUGAAAAACUAUAGUAAAAUCACUACCUAUUCAUACUAUACCAGUAAGAUACAGUAUUUCAACGCUAGUACAAUCUAAAAUUUUAAAUUUCAAAAUUUCAGCCCAGCCAAACAAUGACUUGUUCACCAAGGAGCACUUUGGCUUUUUGGACAGUUUGAAUAAGACUCGUACUCAAAUGAUGCUGUAA